UCCUUUCGUCUCUGCGAAGCAGAUGGGAGUCAUGGCUUAUCCCUUACUCUUCUGCCUCCUGCUUGCUCAUCUGGGAUUGGGAACUGUUAGCACCGGCCGCGACCCUCCGGGACGGCUGGAUUCCCCUCGAGAGAGAACUCUGAGGCUGAAGCAGCACGCCCAGCAGCCGGCUCGAGCCUCUGCCUCGGACCCCUCGGCUCCCUGGAGCCGCUCCACCGACGGCACCAUCUUGGCGCAAAAACUCGCCGAGGAGGUGCCCAUGGACGUGGCCUCUUACCUCUACACCGGGGACUCCCACCAGCUGAAGCGAGCCAACUGCUCCGGCCGCUACGAGUUGGCGGGCCUGCCGGGGAAGUCGUCAGCCCUAGCCAGCUCCCAUCCCUCCUUGCACGGGGCGCUGGACACGCUGACACACGCCACUAACUUCCUCAACAUGAUGCUGCAGAGCAAUAAGUCGCGGGAGCAGAACUUGCAGGACGACCUGGAGUGGUACCAGGCACUGGUGCGGAGUCUCCUGGAGGGCGAACCCAGCAUUUCCCGGGCAGCCAUCACCUUCAGCACCGAGUCGCUGUCCUCGCCGGCCCCGCAGGUUUUCCUCCAGGCCACCCGCGAAGAGAGUCGCAUCCUGCUCCAAGAUCUGUCCUCCUCGGCACACCACUUGGCCAACGCCACGCUGGAGACGGAGUGGUUCCACGGCCUGCGGCGCAAGUGGAGGACCCACUUACACCGCCGAGGCUCUAAUCAGGGCCCCCGGAGCCUGGGCCAUAGCUGGCGGCGCAGGGACGGACUUGGCGGGGACAAGAGCCACGUCAAGUGGUCUCCGCCUUAUCUGGAGUGCGAGAACGGGAGUUACAAGCCCGGGUGGCUGGUCACUCUCUCCGCUGCUUUCUACGGGUUGCAGCCUAACCUGGUCCCGGAAUUCAGGGGUGUUAUGAAAGUUGACAUAAAUCUUCAGAAAGUGGACAUUGACCAAUGUUCAAGUGAUGGCUGGUUUUCAGGAACUCACAAAUGUCACCUUAACAAUUCAGAGUGUAUGCCAAUUAAAGGCUUAGGAUUCGUGCUUGGAGCCUAUCAGUGCAUUUGCAAAGCAGGAUUCUAUCAUCCUCAAGACUUCUCAGUGAACAACUUUCAGAGAAGUGCAAAAGAUGUGUCAGAAGAAGCCCAUGUCUGCCUACCCUGCAGGGAGGGCUGCCCCUACUGUGCUGAUGACAGCCCCUGCUUUGUCCAGGAGGAUAAGUAUUUGCGACUUGCUAUCAUCUCCUUCCAAGCCCUGUGUAUGCUGCUCGACUUCGUUAGCAUGCUGGUGGUCUACCACUUUCGCAAAGCAAAGAGCAUCAGGGCAUCGGGCCUUAUCCUCUUGGAAACCAUUCUUUUUGGGUCUCUGCUGCUAUACUUUCCAGUUGUUAUUUUGUACUUUGAGCCAAGCACAUUUCGCUGUAUUCUCCUCAGAUGGGUCCGUCUUCUCGGUUUUGCUACUGUUUAUGGAACUGUCACUCUCAAGCUUCACAGGGUUUUGAAGGUGUUUCUUUCGCGAACAGCCCAGCGGAUUCCAUAUAUGACCGGUGGACGGGUCAUGAGGAUGCUGGCAGUAAUGCUCCUGGUAGUAUUCUGGUUUCUUGUUGGCUGGACUUCGUCUGUUUGCCAGAAUUUGGAGAGGCAGAUUUCACUUAUUGGCCAAGGGCAAACAUCUGAUCACCUCAUCUUCAACAUGUGCCUCACCGAGCGCUGGGAUUACAUGACAGCAGUCGCUGAAUUUUUAUUCCUCUUGUGGGGUGUUUAUCUCUGCUAUGCAGUGCGGACGGUGCCAUCAGCGUUUCACGAGCCACGCUAUAUGGCUGUUGCAGUUCACAACGAGCUCAUUAUCUCUGCUGUAUUCCACACAAUCAGAUUCGUUCUUGCCUCAAGACUUCAGUCUGACUGGAUGCUAAUGCUGUAUUUUGCACAUACUCAUUUGACUGUGACAGUCACCAUUGGGUUGCUUUUGAUUCCAAAGUUUUCACAUUCAAGCAAUAACCCCCGAGAUGACAUUGCUACAGAAGCGUAUGAAGAUGAGCUGGACCUGGGCCGGUCUGGGUCCUACCUGAACAGCAGCAUCAACUCCGCAUGGAGUGAGCACAGCUUAGACCCAGAAGACAUUCGGGAUGAGCUGAAGAAACUCUAUGCCCAGCUGGAAAUAUAUAAAAGAAAGAAGAUGAUUACGAAUAACCCCCACCUCCAGAAAAAGCGGUGCUCCAAGAAGGGCUUGGGCCGUUCGAUCAUGAGGCGCAUCACCGAGAUCCCAGAGACGGUCAGCAGGCAGUGUUCCAAAGAGGACAAGGAAGUCACAGACCACAGCAUGGCCAAAAGCACUGCCCUGACCAGGAAGAACCCACAAGAGUCUUCAGGUAACACCGGGAAGCCCAAAGAGGAGUCCCUGAGAAACCGAGUCUUCUCGCUAAAGAAAUCGCACAGCACUUACGAUCACGUGAGAGAGCACACAGAAGAGUCCAACAGUUUACCCGUGGAAAGCCAGGAAGAGGAGGCUACAGAAAAUUCCACACUGGAGUCUCUGUCAAGUAAAAAACUUACCCAGAAGCUGAAAGAAAACAGUGAGACCGAGUCCACAGAGUCUGUGCCUUUGGUGUGUAAGUCGGCGAGCGCUCACAAUCUCAGCUCAGAGAAGAAGCCGGGCCACCCCCGAACAUCCGUGUUGCAGAAGUCUCUCAGUGUCAUAGCAAGUGCCAAGGAGAAGACUCUUGGAUUGGCUGGGAAAACCCAAACAUCAGGCGUGGAAGAACGUGCAAAAUCCCAGAAACCUCUGCCAAAAGAGAAAGAAACAAACAGAAAGUACUCCAAUUCAGAUAACGCAGAGACUAAAGAUUCUGCCCCCCAAAACUCCAAUCAUUUGGAGGAGCCAAGAAAACCUCAGAAAUCUGGGAUUAUGAAGCAACAAAGGGUCAACCCGCCCACUGCCAAUUCUGACAUGAGCCCAGGCACCACCAAGAAGAAGAACAACUUUGACAUAGGGGAGGUGUGCCCUUGGGAGAUUUAUGACCUGGCCCCUGGUCCCGUGCCUUCAGAAUCAAAAAUUCAAAAACACGUAUCUAUUGCAGCUUCUGAGAUGGAGAAAAACCCAACUUUUUCCUUAAAGGAGAAAUCUCAUCAGAAGGCCAAGGCAGCUGAACUAUGUCAGCAAACCAGUCAGAAGAGCAUAGACAAGGCUGAGGUAUGCCCUUGGGAGAGCCAAGGUCAGCCCAGUUUUGAAGAUGAGAAGCCUUUGAUUUCUAAGACUCAGGUUCCCCCAGGGAGAGCCAAAGAUGAGAACGGCAGUCAGCAUUAUGCCACCAAUGUGUGUGCUGGGCAGUACGAAGAACCGCCCCCCAAAGUUGUAGCAUCAAAAAUCAAGAAUGAAAAUCUCAACCCAACAGGAGACCAGGAAAAAAAGACCUCUUCCCCCGAGGAAAAUGCGCCCCGCUCCUAUAACUCAAGUAAUAACCUUUGGCAGCCUUUAACAUCACGAGCUGAGGUGUGUCCUUGGGAGUUUGAGGCCGCAGAUCAACCAAAUGCUGAAAGAAGUGUAGCUUUACCUGCCUCUUGCACUCUAAGUGCAAAUAAGAUGGCAGGGCCUCGGAAAUAAGAGGUCAGGGAUCCUUUUAAAGUGUAGCAUCCCCAGAAAGAAAAGGAGAAGGAAGAAACCCUGAAUUCAACAGAAGACAGAAGGAUCAAAAAUUCCCAAGGAGUGUUUGUCAUUGGAGGGAAACGUGAAAGUCACAAGUGGAAAAAGACAGGGAGGGCAGAGCAACGCCACAGUGGAAGAAUGAGACUGGCCAAGGGAAGUCUGUCUUCCCCUGGGAACACGAGGAGAAGCCUUACAUUUCAGCAUGGUUAUUGGGAGUCGCCCUCGCUGUCUGCCCCUGAUCAGUAUUUACCCGUGGCACUUUGAAAAUCCUAAGCAAGGUCAACCGUAAGACACAGAAGAGGUAGGAGGUUCCGCUAAGAAGA